AUGGCUUACGACCCAUCUCUUCUCCAAUCUUUCCUACUAACCCUAGCAGCCCUACAAUCCAUUGCUGCUGUCCAAUUUUCAGUCACCAACAUCGCUGGAACAUCCCCCGGCGGCCUCCGAUUCACGAAAGAAAUCGGCAUAGACUAUGCCAAACAAACAAUGGAAACAACCACAAACUUCAUCUGGAGAAUGCUAGAGGAAGACAAUCCAUCCGAUCGAAAGCAAGAUGUAAAAGAAGUGAUCAUGACAAUCCAAGACUUCAAAGGCGCUGAGGCUAUCACAUACGGCAACAGAAUCAAUGUCAGUGCAAUUUACUUGGAGGGUUAUCAAGGCAAUGUGACAUGGGAGUUCACUUCCUUGAUUUAUCAUGAAAUGACACACGUGUGGCAAUGGACCGGGGCAGGCCAAGCCCCGAUUGGACUCAUUGAAGGCAUCGCCGACUAUACGAUCUUGAAGGCGAAUUAUUAUCCAAAGGGUUUUGCGAAACCCGGGAUGGGGGAUAGGUGGGAUCAAGGUUAUGAUUUUACAGCACGGUUUUUGGAGUACUGUGAGGGAAUUAAGUCUGGUUUUGUGGCCGCGCUGAAUAAAAAGAUGAAGAAUGCAUUUAGCGUCAACUAUUUUGUUGAGUUGCUGGGGAAAUCAGUUGAUGAGCUGUUUAAGGAAUAUAAAGCUAAGUAUAAUGGUACAGUAGUGGAAAGGAAUGGUAAUGAACAUGAAAAUGUGAGUAGGAUGACAGAAUACAAGGAUAGGCAUGGGAGUAAAAGUAGGAUUUCUCUCAGUUAG